AUGCCGGGGAAACUUCGUAGUGACGCGGAUUUGGAGUCAGACGUAGCCGUGGCAGAAGUGGAGAUGCCGCGAAAACAAAAUGAGAAGAAAGGUAAAAAAGAGAAGCCAAAAUCUAGUAAGACUGAAGAGGCAGUAGAAGAAAAGGAGGAAAUGAUUUCUUCCAAAGCUAAAAAGGUUAAAAAGAAAGCAGAGACUUCUGAGGUUGACGUGGAUUCUCCUAAAUCUAAAAAGGCAAAAAAGAAAGAGGAGCCAUCUCUAGAUGAGAUUAUUUCUCCUAAAACUAAAAGUUCGAAAAAAUCAAAGGAGCCCUGUGAAAAGACAGUUGUUUCUCCUAAAACCAAAAAAGUUUUAAAAAAUGAAGAGGCUUCUGAAGAAGAAUUGGGUGCACCUAAGCCCAAAAAGAUUAAGAAAGAAAAAGAAACAAAUGGAGAAAUUCAAGAGAAAAGCCCCAACCUCAAGAAUGGAUUUCCUGACUCUGGACCUGACUCCAACUCCAAGGAAGCUGCCAGUGAAGGAAACAGCGAGUUAGAGCAGGAAAUGACUGUGGAGCAAAAAGAAGGAGCUUUCUCUAAUUUUCCCAUAUCUGAAGAAACUAUUAAACUUCUUAAAGCCCGUGGGGUGACCUUCCUGUUUCCUAUACAAGCAAAGACGUUUCACCAUGUCUAUAGUGGGAAGGAUUUGAUUGCACAGGCACGGACAGGAACUGGAAAGACAUUCUCCUUUGCUAUCCCUUUGGUUGAGAAACUUCUUGGAGAACUGCAAGACCGGAAGAGAGGGCGUGCCCCUCAGGUACUGGUUCUUGCACCCACAAGGGAGUUGGCAAGUCAAGUAAGCAGAGACUUCAGUGACAUCACAAAAAAGCUGGCAGUAGCUUGUUUUUAUGGUGGAACUCCCUAUGGAGGACAAAUUGAACGCAUGAAAAAUGGGAUCGAUAUCCUGGUUGGGACACCAGGUCGUAUCAAAGACCACCUGCAGAAUGGCAAGCUAGAUCUCACCAAACUUAAGCAUGUUGUCCUGGAUGAAGUUGAUCAGAUGUUGGAUAUGGGCUUUGCUGAUCAAGUGGAAGAGAUUUUAUGUGUAGCAUACAAGAAAGAUUCAGAAGACAAUCCUCAAACAUUGCUUUUUUCUGCAACUUGCCCCCAUUGGGUGUUUAAUGUUGCUAAGAAAUACAUGAAAUCUACAUAUGAACAAGUGGACCUAAUUGGUAAAAAGACACAGAAAACGGCGAUAACUGUAGAGCAUCUGGCUAUCAAGUGCCACUGGACUCAGAGGGCAGCAGUUAUUGGAGACGUUAUCCGAGUGUACAGUGGUUUUCAAGGGCGCACUAUCAUAUUUUGUGAAACGAAGAAAGAAGCUCAGGAGUUGUCACAGAAUGUGGCUAUAAGACAGGAUGCCCAGUCGUUGCACGGAGACAUUCCACAGAAGCAAAGGGAAAUCACCCUGAAGGGUUUUAGAAGUGGUGACUUUGGAGUUUUGGUUGCGACCAAUGUUGCUGCACGUGGGUUAGACAUCCCUGAGGUCGAUCUGGUUGUUCAAAGUUCUCCACCAAAGGAUGUUGAAUCCUACAUUCAUCGUUCUGGGCGAACAGGUAGAGCUGGGAGAACCGGGGUUUGCAUCUGCUUUUACCAGCACAAAGAAGAAUACCAGUUAGUCCAAGUGGAGCAGAAAGCGGGAAUUAAAUUUAAACGAAUAGGUGUUCCUUCUGCAACAGAGAUAAUAAAAGCUUCUAGCAAAGAUGCCAUCAGGCUCUUGGACUCUGUGCCUCCCACUGCAAUCGGUCACUUCAAGCAGUCAGCCGAGAAGCUGAUUGAGGAGAAGGGGGCUGUGGAAGCCCUGGCAGCAGCCCUGGCCCACAUUUCCGGUGCCACGUCGGUAGACCAGCGCUCCUUGAUCAACUCAGAAGCGGGCUUUGUGACCAUGAUCUUGCGGUGCUCAAUUGAAAUGCCAAACAUUAGUUAUGCUUGGAAAGAACUUAAAGAGCAGCUGGGUGAGGAUAUUGAUUCCAAAGUGAAGGGAAUGGUCUUUCUCAAAGGAAAGCAGGGUGUUUGCUUUGAUAUCCCUACUGCAUCAGUAACAGAAGUACAGGAAAAGUGGCAUGAUUCACGGCGCUGGCAGCUUUCUGUGGCCACGGAGCAACCAGAGCUGGAAGGUCCACGGGAAGGAUAUCGCAACUUCCGAGGACAGCGGGAAGGCAGUCGAGGCUUCAGGGGACAGCGCGAGGGCAACCGAGGUGUCAGGGGACAGCGGGAAAGAAGUCGAAACUUCAGAGGACAGCGAUCAGGAGGUGGCAACAAAAGUAACAGAUUCCAAAACAAAGGCCAGAAGCGGAGUUUUAAUAAAGCAUUUGGACAGUAA